CAUCAUCAUAACCAAGACCCAAGUCCACAGUCCACAACAAACACCCUCACAUGGCCUUCCCAGGGCCAGGUGGUGCAAGACAAGCCGGGUGGACGAAGAGAGAGCAAUAACCAAAGGCUACAAAGGAAGGAAGACCAAGGCGUGAGGACCUAAGAGAAGCGGAACAAGGCGUCUGAGGUCUACAGAAGAAGAGGAAGGAUACACCACUAUCACCACCACCGCCACGACCACCACACACCACACUCACCACCACCGCCACGACCACCACAAAUCACCAACAAAAACAUCCAGUAACACAAGCUAACCACACCACAAAAAAAAACACGAGUAAAAGCCAUAGAGGUCCACAGAAGAAGAGGAAGGAAACUUACACAAUGAUUCCCAUGGUUUCCGAGUUGCUUUGCCAGCCUGGCGUCAUGGUGGGCGUGGGGCUGGGCAUGUGCAUAGGAUUUUUCGCCCGGGGUUCCUUUUUAAGUGACAACGAGAGCAUGGACCCUCAGGACAGUGGGGGCGGCGCCUCAGACGACUCCGAUGACGAGGGCUGGGACGAGGAUGGAUUUCUAGCUGAAGGGUCCGGUGAGAUGAAGCUUGUCCUUGUGGUGCGCAGUGACCUCAAGAUGGGGAAGGGCAAGGCAGCUGCUCAGUGCUCCCAUGCAACCCUGAAAGCCUACAAACAGUUGCAGAAAAAGAACAAGAAUAUCCUGAGAGCUUGGGAGAUGAACGGCCAACCCAAGGUUGUGGUGAAGAUAGAGGAUGAAGCCUCGAUGCUGGAGCUCUCAUCCCUAGCCCGGGAGGUGGGCCUGACAGUGAGCAUAAUUCAGGACGCCGGCCGCACCCAGAUCGCCGCUGGUUCUCGGACAGUGGUUGGCAUCGGUCCCGGCCCUGUUGACUUGAUAGACCAAGUGACUGGACACCUGAAGCUCUUCUAACACAUGCAUAAUAAUCUUUAGUUUACCGAGGAUAUGCGCCCAUAUUCUCAAAUAUUUCAGUGCUUACACACAUGCAUUUCAAGGCUUUUGUGGAGGUUGUGGGCCUUUCCAUGUGUAGCUUUAUGAGCCUAGUGAUAGUUUGAUAAGGCUUCUGUACCAUGAAUAGGAAAAGCACUCGUGAGAACCCAACUUAUCUCCUUUAUGGCCUUGGGAAAUAGUGGUUGUGUAAGCCCAAAGCAUCUGAAAAUAUGGGUCUUAGAGUGAGCACAAGAGACCACCUUAACCCUUAAAGUGCGGGUGUCGACAAUAGUCGACAGCUGGUGCCUGGGCUCAAACUGCGGGUGUCGACAAUAGUUGACAAGGCAUUUUUUGAAUUAACGCGCUAUCAAAUUUAUUUUGUUGAUGCUAAAGUAGGGUAAGCAUGUCAUUUUCUUUCAAAUUAUACCCAGCCAUGCUCCCUUGACUAAUUAUUGGCCAGUGUAUGCCGUGUGUUAGCUUUGAGAAGAUGUCCGCUGGACAUUCCACCUCUUCUCAUCUUUCAGUGAAUUUCAUCCACAAGAUGGGGGCCCUUUGACCUCAGCACCCAUCAAGGGCAUCAGAAAGGCCUAGAAGUUAAUUUUUGGGGGGCGUGUUUCACAUAAACUAUAUAAAAGUUAUGCUUUUUAUUACUAAAUCAUAGAAAGGAAGACCCCUGGGGUGGAAAACUCUAUAAAAAUGUGCUUUCAGUGAUCCUACUUCAAUAUUCCGUACUCACUCUACCAAUGGUCAUAUAGUCUUACACAUGACGUCAAAGGACAGCAGGGUACGUUCUUUACAAUGAUACUUCAUUUAGUCAUGUGGGUUAAGUAGGAGUGAAGGUAUUAAAGGUUGAAAUGAGGUAUGAUUUUGCCUGAAUAUGCCCGCGUGGGAGGACAGGCAUGGCAAACUAGCCUGCGCUUUAAGGGUUAAAGCAUAUAGUGAUGCACUGUUCAUGUUGUCCUAGAGUGGUGAGCUUUGAUAGCCAGGUGUCAGUAUUAAAUCAGUAUGUUCAUUAAUUUAUAUGCAUUGCGCCAGUUAGAAGGACCGAUGAAAUUUGAGCCGAGAUAUAAAAGUUAACCUUUGUCAAAAUAUAGUUGAUCAACCUUUAUUCUAAUGAUUCAAUUUUAUAUCUUGGCCCAGUUUUCCAGGUGAUUCUUUCACUAGAUACCAGUUUUCAUAUGCUUCUUUGUGUUAUUUAUUUUAGACAACUACAGGUAACUCAUUUCAUCAGAUGUGGCCCAUUAUUUAAAUAGAAGCAAAUUGCAA